AUGCUAUCCAUUGCUUCGCGCUUAAGAACCAUCUCCAGCAGAGUUGCUUUAACAUCCAUCAAGCCUAUUGCCCAAAAGACUGCUGUUAAAAGUGUGCCUAUCAUGUGCGCUCGUCGCACCUAUGCAACCAAAGAAGUAUCCUAUACAGUAGACAAGUUCCCGGGCUAUGUGCGUAAUGAGAAUUUUAAAAAGCUCACUGCUCAAGAUGUAGAGCAUUUCAAGACCAUCGUUGGUGAGAAUGGCUUGAUUCAUGACAAUCAAGACGAUUUAUUCGCUUUCAAUACCGAUUGGAUGCACAAAUUCCGUGGUAAAUCACAACUCGUAUUGAAGCCAAAGACCACACAACAAGUCUCUGAUAUCAUGAAAUACUGUAACCAGCAAAAAUUGGCUGUUGUGCCUCAAGGUGGUAAUACGGGUCUUGUUGGUGGAUCCGUGCCUGUAUUUGAUGAGGUGGUAUUGAGUCUGCAGGGCAUGAAUAAAAUUCGUAGCUUCGAUAAUGUAUCAGGUAUCUUGACAGCUGAUGCUGGCUGUGUGCUGGAAGUGCUUGACAACUGGUUGGGUGAGAAGGGCUACAUGAUGCCAUUGGAUUUAGGUGCCAAGGGAAGUUGCCAUAUUGGUGGUAAUAUUGCUACCAAUGCAGGCGGUUUGAGAUUGUUGCGUUAUGGAUCUCUUCAUGGCACUGUGUUGGGUUUGGAGGUCGUGCUUCCUGAUGGUACCAUUUUGGAUAACAUGUCUACCUUGAGAAAGGACAAUACUGGCUAUGAUUUGAAGCAGCUCUUUAUUGGAUCAGAGGGCACCAUCGGUGUCAUUACUGGUGUGUCCAUCCUCACUCCUCAUCGCUCAAAGGCUGUGAAUGUCGCUCUUUUGGGUUUGAACUCAUUUGAAGAUGUGCAAAAGGCGUUCAAGCAAUCUCGUGUGGAGCUUUCUGAGAUUUUGUCUGCCUUCGAAUUCUGGGAUACGAAUGCCCUUCAAAUGUUCAAAAAGCAUGCUACACCCAAGGAUGUUAUGGAGAAGGAGUAUCCCUUUUACGUUUUGAUUGAAACCAGCGGUUCCAACAAGGACCACGAUGAUGAGAAACUGACAAAUUACCUUGAGAAUAUGAUGGUCGAUGGUGUAGCAGAAGACGGUGUUGUGGCACAAGACGAGACACAGAUUCGUGGGCUUUGGAGUUUACGUGAAGGUUUUACCGAGGCAUUAGGUAAGGAGCCUGCUGUCUACAAGUACGAUAUCUCUAUGCCAGUGCCCAAGUUAUACGAAUGUGUCGAAGAUAUGCGCCAACAUCUGAGAGAUGGCGGUGUAUUUGGCCAACCUGACUCACCUGUUACUGAUGUUGUUGCUUAUGGCCAUGUGGGCGAUGGUAACUUGCACUUGAACAUUGCUGCUAGUCGUCUUGAGAGCCGUGUUUCUGCACUGAUAGAACCCUACUUGUUUGAAUGGGUGGCUAAUCAUCAAGGCUCCAUCAGUGCUGAGCAUGGUUUGGGUGUCGCAAAGAACGAGUUCUUGGGCUACUCCAAGUCGCCUGUUAUGAUUCAAAUGAUGAAGACCAUGAAGAACAUGCUUGAUCCCAAUGGUAUCAUGAACCCUUACAAGUAUCUUCCUUCCCAUUAG